GGUAAUCACUUAUUAAUUUCAGACUUAAAACGAUGUUUAAUACAUAUUUAUUUUGAAUUUUUUGAUUUCAAUCAAAAUUCCAAAGUUCAUUUAUCUUCUUCCCUUCAAUACGUAUCUUCUCCUCAUCAACACGUAAUUCAUGCCAAGUCCUUGAACCGCCAAUUACGCAAACGUUAUAAAAUCGAAAGCAUGCAGAUGAAGACUAUAAAUGGGAUAAGACUCUCCCCCAAAGACAAGAAGUUAGAAAUGUUUACUUCACUUUGUUUCAUCUCUCUUUUCCUCUUUGUCUUGUCUCCUUCUGCAUCUUCUACCUUGUUGUUCCAGGGUUUCAACUGGGAAUCAUGCAACAAGGCAGGUGGAUGGUACAACUUUCUCCAGAACUCCGUUUCUGAUAUUGCUAAAGCUGGUGUUACUCAUGUUUGGCUCCCACCACCCUCCCAGUCCGCUGCCUGCGAAGGAUACUUGCCAGGAAGGCUAUAUGAUCUUGAUGCAUCAAAGUAUGGAUCUCAGGCUGAAUUGAAGUCCUUGGUUGAUGCUUUCCAUCAAAAGGGAAUCAAGUGUGUUGCUGACAUAGUAAUAAACCAUAGAACAGCAGAGAGGAAAGAUGACAGGGGUAUAUAUUGCAUUUUUGAAGGUGGAACUCCGGAUGACCGUCUAGACUGGGGACCAUCCUUCAUUUGCAAAGAUGAUACUGCCUAUUCUGAUGGCACUGGGAAUCUUGACACCGGACUAGGCUACGACGCUGCCCCUGACAUUGAUCAUCUAAAUCCAAGGGUACAGAAAGAAUUAUCAGAUUGGUUGAAUUGGUUAAAGACUGAAAUUGGAUUUGAUGGAUGGCGUUUCGAUUUUGUAAGAGGCUAUGCCCCAAGCAUUACCAAAAUCUAUAUGGAUCAAACUUCACCAGAUUUUGCAGUUGGGGAGAAAUGGGAACCGUUAUCUCCUGGACAAGAAGAUUCACAUCGUGCUGCACUAAAAGAUUGGGUUGAAGCUGCUGGAGGGGUUGUUACAGCAUUUGAUUUCACUACAAAAGGUGUUCUUAAUGCCGCUGUGCAAGGGGAGUUGUGGAGGUUGAAGGACUCCAGUGGGAAACCUCCUGGAAUGAUUGGACUUUUACCUCAAAAUGCUGUUACUUUCAUAGACAAUCAUGACACUGGAUCCACCCAAAAUCUUUGGCCAUUCCCAUCUGAUAAAGUAAUGCAGGGAUAUACUUAUAUUCUCACCCAUCCUGGCAUCCCCUCCAUAUUUUAUGAUCACUUCUUUGAUUUCGGUUUGAAGGAUGAGAUUAAUAAACUGGUGGCAAUCAGGAACAGGCAUGGGAUUAAUACCGCAAGCACAGUUAAUAUUCUGGCUUCUGAUUCCGACCUUUAUAUGGCUUCUAUCGAUGAUAAAAUCAUAAUGAAGAUUGGGCCAAAGCUGGAUCUUGGAAACCUUGUUCCGUCCAACUACCAGCUUGCUACCUCAGGGAACAACUAUGCCGUGUGGGAGAAGCAGUGACAACUUGAAAUAAAAAAGACUCAAAUUGGUCAUUUGGAAUUGUCAUUUACGUGAUGUUCUAAAGAGUGGUCAUCGUUGUAUCUUUUGGAACUAAUUUGAUAAGCCCUGUUUGCUUUUUGUUUAAAAGGCUGAGCAAAAUUCUGCUUACUUUUUGGCAAAAUACUUCAAUUUCUAAAUAAAGAAAAAUCUAUUAAUGUUGGUCUAA